AUAGGGGAGAGAACGCACAAGCUUCCCCGUUUAGUUAGCUACAUUAAAAUGAGUAUCUGAAAUACAUCACACCGCACAAGUUAGGAUUGAUAUUUACGGUUAUCUGCGAGUUUUCCCUAAAGAUGGACACAUUUCAGAAGGAGUUCCACAGACGAACGCGUUGUGACAGUGCCGCCUCACGACCCCAGUUUACAAACUGUCCCACAAUGAUUGUGAUGGUUGGUCUGCCAGCCAGGGGUAAAACCUACAUCUCCAAAAAGUUAACCCGAUAUCUAAAUUGGAUUGGAGUCCCAACUCAAGUCUUUAAUUUGGGUCAGUAUCGAAGGGAAGUUGUGCAGACUUAUAAGAACUAUGAAUUUUUUCGUCCAGACAAUGAAGAGGCCAUGAAAAUCCGCAGAGCCUGUGCCACAAAUGCUCUUAAGGACAUCGCUAAUUACUUCACUAAGGAGCAGGGACAAGUUGCAGUAUUUGAUGCCACCAAUACUACAAGGGAGAGAAGAGGAGUCAUUAUCAGUUUUGCCAAGGAGAGGGGCUAUAAGGUAUUUUUCAUUGAGUCGGUUUGUGAUGACCUAGAAAUCAUUGAGGCAAAUAUAAUGCAAGUGAAGCUGAGCAGCCCAGAUUAUGAAAACUACGACAAAGAAGAAGCACUGGUGGACUUUCUGAAGCGUAUUGAUUGUUACAAAUUGUCCUAUGUCCCCCUGGAUGAUGAAAAGGACAGGCACCUCUCCUUCAUUAAGAUCUUUAACGUGGGAUCCAGGUACCUCGUGAACCGCGUCCAGGAUCACAUUCAGAGUCGUAUAGUGUAUUACCUCAUGAACAUCCACGUCACACCACGAUCCAUCUAUCUGAGCCGCCAUGGAGAAAGUGAGCUCAACCUGCUGGGAAGAAUCGGUGGAGACUCAGGCCUCUCUUCACAGGGACUAAAGUACGCUAAGGCCCUUGCAGAGUUUAUCAGUGGUCAGUCCAUCAAGGACCUGAAGGUGUGGACCAGCCACAUGAAGAGGACCAUACAGACAGCAGAAACACUGGGCGUACCGUAUGAACAGUGGAAGGCACUGAAUGAAAUUCAUGCGGGGGUAUGUGAGGAGAUGAUGUACGAGGAGAUUCAGGCAACCCAUCCAGAAGAGUUUGCCUUAAGAGACCAGGACAAGUACCGUUACCGAUAUCCAAAGGGUGAAUCGUAUGAAGACCUGGUGCACCGCCUGGAGCCAGUCAUAAUGGAGCUUGAGAGACAAGAGAAUGUGCUGGUCAUCUGCCACCAGGCAGUCAUGCGUUGUCUACUGGCCUACUUUCUGGACAAGAGUGCAGAUGAUCUACCAUAUCUAAAGUGUCCUCUGCAUACUGUAGUCAAAUUGACUCCAUUAGCGUACGGAUGCAAAAUGGAGUCCUUCUAUUUAAACAUCCAAGCAGUGAACACGCACAGGGACAGACCCACAAAUGUGAAUAUUACAAGAAAGACAGAAGAAGCACUACAGACUGUACCUGAACAUCAGUAAUCACAAAAAAAAAAAAUCUUUGCACAAUCUACACACAGAUUGUGUAAAUGAAAAACAAGGUGGGAGGAAGGAAUCUAAGAAGACAUAUGCAUGUGUUUCCAUUAAGAUUAUCAAGUCUUACAAACACACAAGUGGGAUCUAAAAGUCUGAUACCAUAGUUGGGGGAAAAAAAGACAUAUUAAGACAUUCUGAAAGUAUAUAUUUUUAUACUUUAUUCAAAUUUUGUGGAUAAUAUACAUUUUCUUUACAAAUGAUAUUAAUUUUGUAUUAAAUUAGAAAAUGCAAAACAAUUUUGCUUUUUCACAAUAGGGUUCUCAGACUUUUGGAUUCUACAUUAGUUUUUAAAACCAAACAGUGAAAAUCAAGAAGCCCAUGUUUUUACUUUGUUGAUAAGAUGGUUGCAUUGACAAUGUUAUAAGAU